CGAUCCCUUGUUCUUUGCGCUUCGAUUGAGGCAAGGCAGACUUGCUGACCACUAUGAGGUGAUGAAAUACUCAAUUUCUUGAACGACAACCCGAUUAAUUGGCCCGAUUGCGCGCGUCGCGAAUACGCCGGACCAGAUCCACCUGCGCAUGCUCCCGUCUCUAAACGACAAGCAAUCACAAUGUUCACAUUCACUCCCCUGCUCGGGGCACAGUCAUCAUCCUCGAGGGCAUCGCAGUCCAUCCUGGAACUCGAUGGUGGUAUCAAGAUCCUGGUGGACGUUGGUUGGGACGAAUCCUUCGAUACUCGUGACUUGGCAGAGCUUGAGAAGCACAUACCAACCCUCUCAUUGAUCCUCCUGACCCACGCGACUCCGGCGCAUAUUGGUGCCUUCGUCCACUGCUGUCGGACAUUCCCUCUAUUCACUCAGAUCCCGAUUUUCGCGACGAGCCCCGUUAUUGCUUUCGGCCGCACAUGCUUGCAAGACCUCUACGUUUCAUCGCCACUCGCGGCAACAUUCCUGCCAAAAGUCUCAAUCUCCGAACCUGGCGCGUCCUCGGCAGCAUCCGCAGUAGGCUCGGUGGGAGACGGUGAAGAUGGCACCGAAGCUGCUGGCAGCUCAGGUCGGAUUCUUCUUCAAGCACCGACAACGGAGGAAAUUGCUCGAUACUUCUCCCUUAUCCAACCUCUCAAAUACUCACAGCCUCAUCAACCACUUCCGUCUCCGUUUUCGCCGCCCUUGGACGGACUCACACUAACUGCCUACAAUGCUGGACACACCGUCGGAGGAACGAUAUGGCACAUCCAGCAUGGAAUGGAAUCCAUCGUUUACGCGAUGGACUGGAACCAGGCGCGAGAGAGUGUCGUGGCAGGUGCCGCAUGGUUCGGUGGUUCUGGAGCGAGUGGAACUGAGGUUAUCGAGCAAUUGCGAAAGCCAACAGCUCUCAUUUGUAGUACAAAGGGAGGUGACAAUAUUGCAGUAUCCGGUGGCCGGAAGAAGAGAGACGAUCUUUUGCUUGACAUGAUCCGAAGCAGUCUAGCUAAAGGUGGUACCGUACUCAUCCCAACGGAUACAAGUUCGCGUGUACUUGAACUGGCGUAUGCGCUCGAGCACGCUUGGCGUGAUGCGUCGACUGGCGAGAAGGGUGAUGUCCUCCAAGGUGCAGGUCUUUACUUAGCCGGCAGAAAAGUCAACACUACCUUGCGACUCGCCCGAAGUAUGCUUGAGUGGAUGGACGAGAAUAUCGUUCGAGAGUUCGAGGCGGCCGAGAGUGCCGAUGGCCAAAAGACUGGCGGACAGGGAAAUGACAAGGGAAGCGGGAAAGGCGUUGGUCCCUUUACUUUCAAGCACCUCAAGACUGUAGAGCGCAAGAAGCGUCUCGAAAAGCUACUGGCUGACCAGGGACCAAAAGUCAUCCUUGCCUCUGAUACCUCUCUGGCUUGGGGUUUCUCAAAAGAGUCACUCCGACAAAUUGCCGAAGGUCCUAACAAUUUGCUGUUGUUGACCGAAUCCUUCCGAAACACAAUGCCCGAAGCAACCGAGGAACUCUCCAGUACAGCAUCUCUCGGAAGUAUGAUAUGGCAAUGGUAUGAGGAACGGAGGGAUGGAGUCGCAUUGGAGAAAGGACCCGAUGGAGAACUCCUCGAACAAGUCCACAGCGGAGGACGGGAAUUGGCCUGGACCGACGUGCAGCGUGCCCCUCUGGAUGUGAGGGAUCAACUACUCUACCAGCAAUACCUAGCUACAAAACGACAGCUCCAAGAUACUUCCCAGGCACGAGGACAGGAGAAUCUUGAGAUUGCGGCAGAUGUACUGGACGACCGAUCCAGCUCUACUUCUUCUGAAGAUUCCGACACUGAACAACAGGGCCGAGUUCUCAACUUUUCAACGACGCUCGCGCACUCGAACCGGAGUAAACUAGCCCUUACUGAUGAAGAUUUGGGUAUCAACGUUCUUCUUCGACGCAAGAAUGUCUACGACUAUGACGUGCGAGGCAAGAAGGGACGUGAACGCAUGUUUCCAUACGUGGCACCACGCAAGCGAGGUGAUGAGUAUGGAGAGUUCAUUCGGCCAGAAGAGUACCUUCGAGCAGAGGAGCGUGAAGAAAUCGACAUGCAACAACGACGAUCUGACGCGCAGACAAAGCUUGGCCAGAAAAGACGUUGGGAUGAUGCGGCUGGAGCUGGUGGACGCAGGCUAUCGGACGGCGCUGGAGGUCGCAAGCGCCAGCAUCUGUCGACAAACGGCCAAAAGGUUGAUUCUGGCGCCAGGGAUGACCUCAGCCUCUCUUCGGAUGGUGAAGGUGCUGAUGUCGCCGCAUCUUCGGAAGAGGAGGCAGACCCGCAAUCAUUCGAGGGUCCUGCCAAGGCCGUAUACAACAAAGAGUCGAUAACGAUCAACGCCCGCAUUGCCUUUGUUGACUUCAUGGGCUUGCACGACAAGCGCAGCCUAGAGAUGUUGAUUCCGCUUAUCCAGCCACAAAAGCUGAUUCUUGUCGGCGGUAUGAAGGAUGAAACGUUGGCCUUGGCAGAUGAGUGUAAGAAGCUGCUCACUGUGAAGGUUGGCGGUGAUGCCUCGACCACUAGUGCUGAUGCCGCUGCUAUCAUUUUCACACCUGCAAAUGGAGAGCCCGUUGACGCGAGUGUCGAUACCAAUGCCUGGACGGUCAAGUUGAGCAACAGUCUCGUUAGACGUCUCAACUGGCAGCAUGUUCGCAGCCUCGGUGUUGUCGCUUUGACCGCACAACUUCGGGCUCCCAAGCUUCCCGCAGAGGAGGAGGAGGCUGACGCCGACGUAGCUGGCAAGAAGAUGAAGCUAGUCAAGGACGAAGCGGCUUCGUCUGCAGUAGCUCCGACCAUCGACGGUCCUGCCAAAACCGCUGAUAAGUCUGAAGCCUUCCCUCUCCUCGAUACAUUGCCAGCCAGCAUGGCUGCCGGUACUCGGUCUAUGGCACGCCCUUUUCACGUCGGUGACCUUCGUCUGGCUGAUCUUCGCAAACUCAUGCAAGCCGCUGGACACACGGCUGAAUUCCGUGGAGAAGGUACCCUUCUCAUCGACAAAUCCGUCGCCGUGCGGAAGUCUGGCACGGGCAGAAUUGAGAUCGAAGCUGCAGCACAGGCGGCAGCGAAUCAGGCCGCUCUUGGUCGUAAUGCUGGGAGCUUCCUCGCUGUGAAGAGGAAGAUUUACGAGGGCUUGGCUGUGGUGGCAGGAAAUUAGGUUGGCAUGACAUGUAUUUUUAUACUCUAUGAUGUACCUUAUAACUCGAACAGCAUCGGAGCAUUCAAGAAC